CCAUUUCUUGACGGGUCCCACUCUGCUCAUGAAGAAAUGGUGUUGAAUGAGUGGUGGUUUUGUGGUUACCAUGUUCCCACCCAAGUCCAGCCUCACAACCACAUUUCAGUUUCUUGUUCUUCCUUUCACCUCAGAACAUGGUUUAGCAGAUGAACUACAAGUUUUCAGAAUAUUUGGUUCUGUGGUAGCAAGCUGUGUGCUUUGGUGACUCUAGUUUUGUACGCCAUGGACUUGGAAUUUCUUGGUAAAAUCCCUUGGUUUAAUGCUCAGUUGAAUCCAUAUUCAGUGACUAAUUCAGUUCCUACCAAAGCUUUAACUGAACAACCUAGAGAAGAAUCUGGAGAUGAAUCCAAACUGCCCUUCAUUUCAUUGUUUCCUUGGGGAAAGAGUGCUGGAGACAAAUUUCAAAGACCAUCCACUAUCAAUAAAGGGUUAAGGAGGCAAGCACAACGUGGUCAGAAUGGUAUAAGGGAAGAUGGUGAUGCUAUACCUUUGCAUUUCCGGCCAUAUGUGUGUAAGGUUCCAUGGCAUACAGGGGUUAGAGCAUUUCUUUCUCAGCUGUUCCCCAGAUAUGGACAUUACUGUGGACCAAACUGGUCAAGUGGGAAAGAUGGAGGAUCUCUUGUUUGGGACAGGAGACCGAUUGAUUGGUUGGAUUUCUGCUGUUACUGCCAUGAUAUAGGGUAUGAUACUCACGAUCAAGCUACGCUGCUGAAGGCUGACUUAGCCUUUCUGGAGUGUUUGGAAAAGCAGCAUGGGAGAACUAAAGGAGAUCCUCAUGUUGCUCAUCUUUACAAGACAAUGUGUAUUAAUGGUCUGAGGAAUUUUCUGAUACCGUACAGAAGGAAUAUAGUGAAUCUGCAACAUUUUGGGCAACCUUUGAUUCAGUUUGGAUGGCUAAGCACUUUGAGAUGGAAAAGUUGGAACUUUCAGAAAACUCAUGGAUUGAACUCAGUUAGGGGAAGUACCAUGUCAUAAAUUAUGAAUUUCAUCAUUUUUUCAAAGUGUGCAGCCCUGAACCCUCACCAAGUUUCUUCAGUUUUAAACUUCUGUUGGCUAGAGCAUGCUUCUUAUUGUCAUGGCUUCCACAUUUUGUAUAGACUAUAUGUACAUAGCUUGUGUUGUAAAUUGGAACUUUUGGUGUUGAGUGACUACUUGGUGCCGCAAACCAAUGUGUCACUAUUGAAUAUCAUUAGGUUGUGAACUGUGAACUGUAACUUUGUUUGCUUAUAUUUGAAGACUUAGCUUAUG